AUGACGACGACUUUGAAAGGUUUUGAUCGUCCUCAUCCUCCUCUGCGAGAAGAAGAAGAUGAUGAAGAAGAAUGUGAACAAGUUCACGCGAGUCGUGCGGUGUUAGGCGUGACAGAGGAAGAGCCGACGAUUCAAACGACGUCGCGAAACGAAUUCCUUUCAGAAGAAGGAAAAGAAGAAAAAAGAGAUAUUUUUCUCGAAAAUACAACCGAAGAAGCGACGAGUACUCCUCCAAAGAAGAAGAACAAGGAAGAAGAAGAAGUUGAAGAAGUUAAAGAAGAAGAGCACAGAACACAUGUAAAUCCGAUUCUUCUUCUUCGCGAUGAUGAUUGGUUAGGCGCGCCGGACGCGAUUGCAUCGUCGCCAGAGACAGAGACGAAGACGCGAGGAGGAGUCGCCGAAACCAAGCCGGCGCGGAUGGAAACGGAAGAAGAAGAAGAGAAGAAGAAGAAGAACGAUGAUGAUGGGAGUGAUGAUGCGAGUAAAAAACGGAAAUUAGAAGAAAUAGAAAACGAGGAAGAAGAAGAAGAAGACGUUCUGAUCGAGACGAACCACCGACGCGUUUUCUUGAGCGACGCGGGACCGGAACUGGUUCACCUGAAAGAAAACGACGUCGGGUACGAGUGGCUUUGUGCGGAUAUCUGGGUCCGAACGAAAGUUUGGCACGCGACGACGACGAACGAGAAGCGAAGAGCGUUGGAAUUUCGAAGGUUAGACGAAAAGGGGGAGACGGUGCCGUUUCCGUCGUGCUCGAGGACGGGGGAGUACGAACACGGGACGUCGGCGGCGUCGUUGCGAUCGAACAACGCGGUAUAUCGAUUCAUCGAGAGGAAUAAAGAGGCGUACGAGAAAGGCAGAAUGGUCGGACAGAUAGUCAAGCGAAGGAUUGCGAAAAAAAGCGACGGUGAGCACGAACGAGGAGUCGCUUUCGCGGAUCCGAAAGAUUUAGAAGAGAUGGGGAGAAAAGGGAAGAAGAAAAAGAUGAUGAUGAAAGAGAAGGAACCGGCGGCAGCGAAAACCGAGAAGCGAACGACAAAGUCGACGACGGCAAAAUCAAACGAGAAAAAUAGCAAAGAAGAGAAGGACGUCGCAAAAUCAUCGACGCGGUGUAGCAUUCGAACAAAUCACGCGACGGUUUCCACCGAAGAGGAUCCUCCAGACCCGGUGAAGAAAGGAAGCAUUCAGCGAGAGUUGACGCACGUGUUCGCGGAUAUUUGGGGCGUUCGAGUCGGAGCGGAAACCAGGAACGAUAUCGAUUUUCUGCGCUUGGACGCGAACGGCGAGCACAUGAACUUUCCAAACUGUAAUCGAACGGGCGAAUAUCGCAAAGGCGAAUCGCAAUCAAAGCUGAGAUCGUAUAAGUCGGUACUUUUAUUCAUCAGGAGGAAUUUAAAAGCGUACAGAAACGGCAAGAUGUCGCCAAAGUCUGCGCUCAUCGCAUCGAAGACGGCGACGACGACGACGAUAACGAAAAAGAAGACAUCAGUCGGCAUACAAACGACAGAGAUGGACGACGAGAGUGAAGAUAAAGAUAAAGAGACAAAAGCCCAAAACUCGCCGUCUUUGCCACCUCAUCUGCCGCCGUGGGAAGGAAGAGAACCGCCGACGGUGACCGUCAUCGGCGCCGGCCCAGCUGGUUUGAGCGCGGCGAAACUGCUUCAAAACCACGGAUUAAAAGUUGUCGUUUUAGAAUCGCGCGAUCGCGCGGGAGGGAGAUGCUGGUCCUACGACAUGAAAGCGCUUCCUGAACACGAUUUACCCGCAAUCACGAUCGAUCUUGGCGCGGCGUACGUUCACGGGUGUCACACGUUCAACGUGCUGUACGUCAUCGCGCAAGAGAAUAAGAUCAAGCUCGAUCAAUCGAGCGGCGGAUACAGCGCCGGUUGGGGCGAAUACGCGCCGUGGUACGACAUCACAAAAGGUGGACGCAUUAAAGAACGCGAUGUGAAAAACGCGUUUCGUAUCGUUCGAAAAGUCGAGGAGUGUAUGUUCUCAGAAGCGCGCGAAGACGCGAUCAAGUCUGUUCAAGCCGCGGACGAAUGGGAACGAGAGAAGAAACAAAGACGAAGUAACGGUUUAUACGGCGUAAACGGCGAGCGGGCUGCAAAAAACAUGAGCACGGAGACGCUUCUUUUCGUCGCUCCAUCGUCCGCCAAAGAAGAAGAAGAAGAAGAAGAUAAAACCAAGGCGACCGACCCGUACUCUUCGCAUUCGGAAGAUUUGAGAUUCGCGUACGGCGAAAGUUUGUACGAAACCAAACGGCAGCAUCUGCUCGAGGAGAAAUCUUCCGCGCCGCCACCGCCACCGCCAACCGCGACUGACACGCUCAUCCUUUCUAACGAACGCCGCGCGAAUGAAAUCAAAAACACCGACGAACCGAUCGAAGACGCUUUCAAACGAGCGUACGAGUUGUAUUUUUCCGAUAAAGAUAUGAAAUAUCAAAUGCCGCGAGAGGACAUCAUCGAGAGCGUCAAGACGAUCAACUGGGGAUACGUCGCGCCAACGUCGCAAGUGUCCACGAACAUCGUGCGCACAUUUUAUCGCGAGAGAGUCCAAGCCGAAGAAACGUUAGAGGCGGAUAAGAAUAAAAUCGUCACCAACGUCGAGGCUAAAAACGGUUGGAUUUACACGACGACGAGUACGCCUCUUCGAGAAGAAGGAAACGAAAGAGAAAACGACGACGACAAAGAAGAAGAAGAAAAAGUAGUAAUAGAAGAGAAAGCUCGAGACGCGCCCGAGAAGAAGAAUGUGAAGAAGAAGAAGAAGAAAACGCAGAAGAAUGUAAAGGAACCGAAAGUAGCGACGAGGAACGUGAAAAACAAAGACAACGGCGGAGAGGACUUGGAGUUUAAAGGAUCGCUCGGCGACGGGUUAGUCGUCGGCGGGUAUCGCGAGUUGUUGAUUAAUCGAGCGGCGGAAGGUUUAGACGUUCGUUUCGAAAAGAAAGUUCGAAAGAUUCACGAAGUUGCAAAUACGGAAGAGAAUACGCGGCAUUUGUCCACCAGCGACGGUUGUGUCCUCACUGAUACCGAUGCGAGUGCGAAGAAAGAGAAAGAAGCAGAAGAAGAAGACGUUGGAAUGAAAAUAUAUUCGGAUGUGGUGCCAUCCUCGUUUUCAAACGAGAAUGCAAAAGAUGUGGGUACGACGACGAAGACCGAGGACGACGACAAAAGUUUAUUCUAUCGAAAGAAAAAAUGCGUCGUCGAAACUGAAUCCGGCGAACAGUUUCAAAGCGAUUUCGUCGUCUGUACCGUUCCUCUCGGCGUGUUACAACGCGACGUCAUUGAUUUCCAUCCGUCUCUUUCCGCUAAGAAACAAAGAGCCAUCCACGCCGUCGGCAUGGGCACCGAAAAUAAAGUUAUAUUGCGAUUCGCGCAGAAGUUUUGGCCAAAUUUUAAAUACAUACAGUGCAACGACUACCGAUAUAGGUUUCUAAAUUACGAACCGUUUGGGAAGAAGGGCACGAUUGUCGCGCAUUGCGCGCCGCCGUACGCGCACGAGUACGAAAAUCAAACCGACGAAGAGAUUGUAGAAACCGUGUGUAAAGUCAUGCAAACUAUGUUUCGAGUGAAACCAGAGAUGAUGCCAAAACCAGUCGAUUAUCUCGUCACGCGAUGGCUUCAAGAUGAAAACUCAUUCGGCGCGUACUCGUACAUGAAAGUUGGCGCGACGUACAGCGACGUCCGCGCGUUGUCCGAACCCGAAUUUGAAGCUAAAACGUUAUUCUUUGCCGGCGAAGGGUGCUCGAUAUCCGGCGCGCAGUGCGUCCACGGCGCCGUUUUGAGUGGACAAGAGCAAGCGUGCAAAAUCCUUCAACUCGGCAACGUCGACAUCAAUCCAGAUUUGGCGUUGGGUAAACGCGUCGGCAUCCCCGCCGACGCCACGCGCGAAUGGAUGCAAUGUUCCAAGUGCUCGAAAUGGAGAAAACUUCCCGAGCUCGUCUUCCCGGACGAGUUGGAAGAAAAGUGGGAGUGUUCUUAUGGAGGCGUUUGGAACGAGAAGUUGGAACGGCUAGGUUGCGAUGCCGCGGAAGAUGAAGACGAUAGCGAUAGCGACUCGUAA